CACUCACACAUGCCAGAAACGCCGAUCCAUUACUGAGCGUGCGACACCGGACGUUCAACGAUAAAAAAAAGCCGCGGUUUUACUUUUUGCAGAUACUUAAGGAACACACACACACUUGUUGCAUGCGGCUAUACGAGAUCCGCAGGUGAUAAACCGAAACAAUGUAGCUUUUGUAUUUACGAGAUGGGGUAUUCAUUAAGAUUGCUUACAUUCUUUAAGAGAGAAGGGGAGGGGGGAAAGCGAAAGCGAAAGUAAAGGAAAAAACGAUAGAGAGAGAGAGAGAGAGAGAGAGAGAACGAUAUACGCAAUAGAGAUUACUUAUACUACCGAGCUUUUCUAUUUUUAUUUAUUUACAAACAUAGGCGAGAAACGGUAUUGUGUCUUGAUUUUAAACCUCUGGUUGUGAAUACAUGCAUAUUUUCUACGGACUUGUUCGCGCGGGGGAAAUGCGCGUUGCGAAAUGAUACGAGCCCGCUCGACGACGACGUCGUCGAUGUUGCACUUGAACGCGGUAGCACCUUCGCGCUUGGAACAGCAACACACCGAAUGGCCAAAUGUUGCGGUGUCGCCACGCUAGACAACGCUUCCGACUAUGUAGGCGCGACGUUGAAAGCGACUCCGGUUUGACUUGACUCGUUUGAAAGUGACAACGCGACGCAACGCGGCUCGCAUUGCCUCCGAUUCGUCUCAAUAAAGAAACUUCGAGUUGAACACGCCGCUGCGUCUCUGUUCAACCUGCCUUCCGAGUCGCCCGAUCAAAAUCCGAAAAUCGUGGGCGGCCUUACCGCCAAUGAAGGACAAUUCCCUUAUCAAGCGUCCCUUCGUUUUCGCGAUCGACAUUUCUGCGGCGGCUCCGUUAUAAACAAUCGUUGGAUCCUCACAGCUUCCCAUUGUCUGACAAGUUUUAACGACACGGCCAUUACCGUCGUGCUGGGCACAAUCACCUUGGACAAAGAUGGUGACGUGUACACCUCGGUGAAGAGAGUGAUACAUCCCGGUUACAGUCCCACCCUCAUCUGGAACGACAUCGGACUAAUCCAGGUUAACAAGGACAUUGUCUACGGCGACAAUGUACAACCGAUUGCUCUGCCUAGCCAUAACUUCGAAAAGUCUAAUUAUUCGGCGACGCUGUCCGGAUGGGGCACGACCGAUUAUCCGGGUGAAGCACCGAACAAACUGCAGCACAUUAAUCUGACGGUGAUCGACCAAAAGGAAUGCUUGCGCUCCAGCUUUCGCAUCACCAACAACAAUAUCUGCACACUCAACCAAAAGGGCGAAGGAGCCUGUCACGGUGACUCCGGUGGUCCUCUGGUGGCUGAUGACGAGCAGAUCGGAGUAGUGUCCUGGGGAAUACCGUGCGCCAAAGGACGCCCGGACGUGUUCACGCGGACCUUCUCCUACAUAAAUUGGAUCAACAAGCAUAUAAAGACGCGGCUCGGGGAGAGGAUGGUCAGCAUGAGUUCAAUGCUCGUGGAGACAGUCAGCAUAAAUUAUGAAGAUUUCAAUGAGAGUUUCUUAACAUGCGGCACUUGUCUCUGCGUUUACGAUGGCAGUGAGCACACACCUAAAUUGUUACCAUGUUCACAUACGGUAUGCCUGCAUUGUCUGACAAGAAUUGCCGCGUCGCAGACGCGGGAAACGGGGGCGUUCAGAUGCCCCAUUUGUAGAGAAUUAAUAACAAUCCCCCGUGGAGGGGUGUCCGCGCUGCCGCCGAGUUUUCUCGUGAACCAACUUCUGGACCUCAUGUCCCGGCAGAGACGAGAGGUCAUCCCAAAGUGUUCAGUUCAUAUUAAUCAGGAAUUGUUAUUUUGCGAAACUUGCGACACGGUGUUUUGUACAGUGUGUACAGGCGGGACCCACGCGGGAACAUCACCGGGAUGCACGGAACACACCAUCAUCCCGUUCAGCAUCGCGAUCAAACGGAUGUCCGAGAUAUUGCUGUACAAAGCCAACGAGUGUAUAUCCAAGUUAACACAGGCACAAGAUUCCGUGAGCACGGAACUGCAGCGUUUGGAGGCCUCCACGGAGAGAUGUUUGAACGCGGUGGACACGGAGUUCGCGGAGAUCAUCGCCAAGAUAGAGAGACGCCGGUCCGAGCUGCAGGCUGCUGUGAGCGCCGCCGCGCGCGACAAGAAGCACGUGCUCGAGGAACAGCACUCUCUCAUCGAGGCGGAGAAGAGCAAGGUGGAGAGGGAAUGCGAAGGACUGCAAUAUCAGGUCGAGGUCCGGAACAUUACUCAACGUAUAAACAGCCUGUCGGAUCAGCUCGAUGCGGCGACUGCCCUCAGCGAACCCAAGGAGAACGCCUUCAUCACGUUCGAAUUCAAUCACAACGACGCUCUCGCGCAGUUGGAGCAAGCACUGAACAACUUAGGACGAGUACGUUCUAGUACAACAUUGCCAGGUCUGUGUCGGGCCAGGCUGAAAGAUCUAGCGAUAGUGAAGCUACAAGCGACCGUCCUAGUCGAGACGGUGGAUUAUCACGGUCAUCCACGCAACGUCGGCGGCGAUCUUAUCGGUGCCGAGCUGACGCCCGCGGACAACAUUCAUGCGGAAAAUCAAAGCUCUCCCAUCGAGACGGAGGUGAAGGACCUGGAGAACGGAACUUAUGAGAUCUACUUCCGCCCGCCGACCGCGAGCCGAUACGUCUUGAAGGUGUCGGUGUUUGAGCGUCCGAUCAAGGACUAUCCGUUGUUCUUUGACGCGACCGAGCACAAUGAACCGAUCAAGGUGUACGGGAGACGCGGUAACGGGAAGGACGAAUUCCACCAGCCGGUCUCGGUCGCUGUGGAUGACGAAGGGAUGAUCUUCAUUCUGGAUACUGGGAAUUCUCGCAUCAAAGUACUCAAUUGUGACUUGGAGUUUCAAAGACACAUCAACAACGAAGGCCUGGAGGGCCGCAGUUGCACGGGGAUAGGUAUUUCUCAGCAGGGUCUCGUGGUCGUUAACUGGCGGACGCGAACGAUUACGGAGAUGACUUCGUUAGGCGACACAAUCCGAUCCUUUUCGCACAACGCGUUUCAAGAACCGAUAGACAUUGCGGUGGACAAGAGUUACGGGCACAUACUCGUCGCUGACAAUGGUCAAAGCUGCGUGUUCGUGUUUGACUCAGACGGCAAGAUACUAUUUCAGGUCGGUAAGAGAGGCACGUUCAAGCUGAUCAGUUCCGUCACUGUCGGUCCGGACGGUGAGAUUUUAGUUGCCGACAGUAGGAUUCAGGUGUUUUCCGCGAAGGGAGAUUUCUCCGAAGAAAUAUAUUCCGAGGGGAAAGGAAAAGGCAUUUACGGUGGGAUAGCCACAGACACGGAGGGCAAGAUACUCGGUACCCGCACCGACAAGGGUCGCAGCAUAAUACAAGUGUUGAAGCUAGGCGGGGGCAAUAUCUUAACCGAGAUCGACUCUCACAGCUCGAAAUUGCGACGUCCUGCGGGCAUAGCUGUGCUACCGGACAAUCAUCUGGUGGUGGUGGACCUCGGCAAUGAUUGUAUAAAGAAAUACAGGUACUGGUAAGAGAAUCAA